UCACUUUGGUUAUUGAGAUCAAGUUUAAUGAAAUUCAAAACUGGGUUUUAGUUUUCAAUGCCAAAUUUUUAUGUCUCUAUGUUUGAUAAUUUCUUUCUUUUUUCUUUGGUUGGGUUAAUAGAAUUCAAUCACAUUGGUUUCUGAGAUCAAGUUAAGAGAAAUUGAAUCAUAGUUUUUUUUUGGUUAUUUUAAGGCUUGAUGUGGAAAAAAGUUUCAAUUCUUGCCAUAUUUUUGUAGUUUUUCUUUGCAGAAUUCAAUCACAUUGGUUAAAGGAACAAUUUUACUUUAAUUUGGCGAUUAGUUUGUGUAUUUUCAUGAUUGGAGGUUUGAUUUUAGAGGCGCUACAGCAAUCUCAAUCUUUUGCAAUGUAAAAAAGAUGAAGAAUUGGUCAAUGGUUUUUGUUCUGAAAUCUGACAUAUAUGAAAAAAGUUAUAAUCUUUGUCUGAAGUGUUUUGGAGAAAAAGAUAUCUGACUUUCUGUUUUUUUUAAUCUGUGUGUUAACAGAAGUCAAUCACAUUAGAUUUUGGGAACAAUUUGAAGAAUGAAGAGCUUUGGAGAACUGUCUUAUUGGUAUAUCUGUUGAUAUGCAUUAUAGAGGUUUGAUUUAUUGGCCAAUAUUCACAGUAUUAUUUGUCUAAAAUGGAGAAUUGGGUGAUUGGCUUUGCUUCCAAAUUGCCAUAGCAAAAAAAAAAAAAAAAAUCUUUCUUGUACAGUUUUUUGGAGAGAGAAGUUUUGUGGGGUGGUUAUGAGUGAAUGAGAGGGUGAAAGGAAAUGAGUGAGAAACUUGGGGUUGGAUUUGAGAUACAAUGACUGGAGGGUCAUUGGGUCUACGUACAGGGAGUUAUGGGUCAUUGCAGAACACCAAUGGUGUUAUUGCUGUUGGUGGAAGAUUAUUGCACUCUAAAUCUUUGGGUAUUUUACGGAAGAGUUCAACCAAGAUGAUUUCAGGUUCUAGGGAAAAGGAGAGGUCUCUCCCCUAUGUUUGGUGCCGGUAUCUAGGUCGUCGGAAGGUUUCCAUGCUGCUUCUGGUUGCCUUUGCUCUUUUGGUCUUUGUCUUGGGUUCUUUUGUAGUCAACAAAGAAAGCACUAGGUCAAAUGUUGAUCAACGGACUGGAAUUCUGGGCAUGGUUCCUUUUGUCAAUGGUGCCCCAGGAAAUCCAGGAGCUUCAAGUAUUCUUGGAAGGAAGCAGAAAUAUGAACAGUAUUCUAUGGCAAACAAUCUUAAAGGAGGUGAUAGAAAUAGAUUUUCAGUUUCUCCUUCUAAAGGUGCAAGCAUUUUGCCAUUGCACCAUCCAUGUGCAAAUUUCACAUUUCCUCCUCCCCCUCCACCUUCUCUCAGACGGAUUGGACCUCGACCAUGUCCGGUAUGUUACCUCCCUGUGGAUCAGGCCUUAGCUAGCAUGCCAAGCUACCCAUCAGUAUUUCCAGUGCUUCGUAAUUUGACAUAUGUUCAUGAUGAAAAUCCAAUCAAAAGUGAACCGCAUGGGGGCUCUGACUUUAGUGGAUAUCCAUCUCUAAAGCAAAGAAAUGAUUCUUUUGAUAUACAAGAGUCAAUGACAGUGCACUGUGGAUUCGUCAAGGGAAGUAAACCUGGUCGUCAGACUGGAUUUGACUUUGAUGAGUCUGACCUUGAAGAGUUGCAGCAGUUCCAUGACAUCAUUGUUGCAUCAGCCAUAUUUGGGAACUAUGACAUAAUACAACAGCCGAGGAAUAUUAGUGAAGAAGCAAAGAAAAAUAUUCCUUUCUACAUGUUUAUUGAUGAAGAGACAGAAGCAUAUAUGAAGAACGAAAGUAUUUUGGAUAGCAGUAAAAGGGUGGGCUUGUGGAGAAUUGUUGUCAGCCAUAACGUUCCUUACAGUGAUGCCAGACGUAACGGGAAGGUCCCGAAGCUUUUAUUGCAUAGAAUCUUCCCAAAUGUUCGCUACUCUAUAUGGAUUGAUGGAAAGCUACAGCUUGUUGUGGAUCCUUAUCAAAUUCUUGAGAGAUUCCUGUGGCGCCAAAAUGCUAAUUUUGCAAUCUCGAGACACUACAGACGAUUUGAUGUCUUUGUAGAGGCUGAAGCAAAUAAAGCUGCAGGAAAAUAUGAUAAUUCCUCAAUUGAUGAGCAGGUGGAUUUUUAUAAAAGUGAGGGUUUAACACCAUAUUCUGAGGCCAAGCUUCCUAUAACCAGUGAUGUUCCUGAAGGUUGUGUACUCAUAAAGGAACAUAUUCCCGUCACAAAUCUGUUUACCUGCCUGUGGUUUAAUGAAGUUGAUCGUUUUACAUCCAGGGACCAGUUAAGCUUUGCCAUAGUAAGGGAUAAAAUAAUGGCAAAAGUUGAUUGGGGUAUAAAUAUGUUCUUGGAUUGUGAAAGACGCAAUUUUGUCAUACAGGCAUACCAUAGAGAUUUGUUGGAGCAAAUGCCUCCACCAGUUGCUGCUGUAACUCAAAUCCCACUAGCUUUGACCAAUAUCAAUACACGUGGAAGAACUCCAGGGAAGAAGAUCCCUAGACACGGGAGGGAUAAGAGAUCUGGUUCCAGGCGUCACCGUAAGGCUGCUGCUGGUAAUAGAGAUAGCAAUUCCUUUUGAAUGCUGUGUGAGCCAAACUGAAAAGGAAGUGUAGCUCUUUUUUUGUCCUUUUUUUUUUUAACAAAAAUCAAAUUGCUUCUAAUUGUCGUCACUCAUUACGGAGUAGGACUAAUUAGAUAAUGGUAGGAUUAUAUAAGGAGUAAAAUGGCACAUUUUUUUGUCUGAAAUUUUGAUAUCUAUUCUUUUAUUGUUGUACAUCCUGAAUGAGCUUCAUACAAGCUGCUGUCAUUUUCGUUGUCUCUUGCUUUCAAUCUUGCCUGGCACAUUUUCAUAUUCAUGCUGCAUCUUUUGCUAACUGCUGGGUCAAGUUCUUGACAGCAGUUCCUCAUUCGGUACUGUAUCUUCUCUCAAAUGUGUUUGGUUAUGCUUUUGGGGAAGUGAAUUUUGUUUCUGAACAUGUGUUAUUGUAGGAAAAGUAAACAGGGUUCUAGCAUUUAAGAGUCUCCUUAAGGCAGACUUUGAUAAUCUCCUGAUCAUGCCAAUCUGUUUAUAGCCCAUUGAACAGAUCUAUUAAAUAAUAGGCAGGCACAAAUCUUGUUAAUUUGUUUCCCUUCUCUCUUUCAUAUUAUCUUACAUAUUUGACUGUGCUCUUUGACAAUCUUACAAGGGCUUAGCCCAAAGCGGUAAUCUUUGUUCUGAUACAGUUUGAUUGGAAUUUAGACAGCAAAAUUUUUUGUGAAGAGACAUGUUUGGUAAAAUGAAACACAGUUUCUAUUGCCAGAUUGUCCGUGUGAUUCAUAUCCAUGUUGGAAGAUGAUUUUAGAGCAUCAGAUGAAUCCUUUAUUCUCUACAGCUGUAAGGUGAGAUCUAUCAAUGAUGGCUUCCUCUUGAAAAACCUCCAUUUGAUAGCGCAGCAUAGUUCUCAUUUGGUUGGCCUAUAGGAAAAAAGAAAGAAAACGCAGCAAUGUUCGGAAGAAUUUGGUAAAGUAAGAAAAGUAAUCUUAAAACAAUCAAAAGCAAUUGAAAA